CCUCUUCGCCGGUCACGUGACUGUCAACCAUGACUUCCUGUUCAUAGUGAUGGAGGCGCAUCGCUAACAACAAAACUCAGCUGUGGCUUUGUUCACGUAUCCGUCCACUGACACUCGCGGACACUCACUGGAGCUACGAUGCAGAAAAUCAAGUCUCUCAUGGCCCGGCAGGGUCUGAAAAGUCCUCAGGAGAGCAUGGCAGAUCUUAGUCCUGUAGAGAACCUGAGGAUCCCGAGCAAGGAGGAGUUGCGGGAACUGAGGGAGCAAUCCAUUGACCCCCAGGCAGAGCAGGAGAUCAUCAACAGCAUCGAGGAGGUCUACUUCUCCAACGACUCUUUCGACAUGGUGCAGCACGAACUGGAGAAGCUUCCACUUGAGCUGAAUCUGCUGGAGCUGGAGGAGCAUAGAGACAAGCUGAAGAGACAACAGGCAGCAGUUUCUAAAAAGGUUGCAGAUCUUAUUCUGGAGAAACAGACUGCUUAUGUCAAGGAACUGGAAAGAGUGACAGCCUUACAGACGAACCUACAGCUGGCAGCUGUCAUUUGCACUAACGCGAGGAGACAACUUAGUGUGGCGAAAGAGGGAUUCACAGAGGCCAGCCUGGGUUUACUGGCCAAUCAGAGAAGGCGACAACUGCUGACCGGCUUGCUCAAGUCUCUGAGGACCAUUAAGACACUGCAAAGAACCGAUGUAAGACUCAGCGAGAUGCUUGAGGAGGAAGAUUAUCCCGGUGCAAUCCAGCUCUGUUUGGAAUGUCAGAAAGCUGCCAGCACCUUUAAACACUACAGCUGCAUCAGUGAAUUGAAUUCCAAACUGCAAGACACUUUGGAGCAAAUUGAGGAGCAGCUUGACGUCGCCCUGUCCAAGACCUGUAAGCACUUUGAUGUUUCGCACUACACCAAAGUCCAGCUGGCCUACACACUCCUGGGCAAGACACAGACUGCUAUGGACCAACUACACAUGCACUUCACCCAGGCCAUCCAUAACACUGUGUUCCAAGUAGUGCUGGGAUAUGUGGAGCUGUGUGCCGGCAAUGCUGACACCAAGUUCCAGAAGAUGCAAUAUAAGGACCUGUGCACGCAUAUUACCUUGGACAGCUACAUCCCCUGUCUGACAGAUCUGUGCAAGGCAUUGUGGGAGGUGAUGCUAAGCUACUAUCGCACCAUGCAGUGGCACGAAGAGCACGACAAACAAAAGAAUUCCCCAGAUGAUGCAGCAGCAGCAGCAGAUUCUGAUGAGUUGGUUGUGGACCGCAGUUAUGUAAAGAAGAAAUUGGAGCAUGGACUGACGCGGAUCUGGCAGGAUGUCCAGUUGAAAGUGAAGGCCUACAUCUUGGGGACGGACAUGUCCAACUUCAAAUAUGAUGAUUUUAUAGUGGUGCUGGAUGUCAUCAGCAGGUUGAUGCAGGUGGGCGAGGAGUUCUGUGGCAGCAAGUCUGAGGUCCUGCAGGAGUCGAUCAAACGCCAGAGUGUCAACUACUUUAAAAACUAUCACAGGGCACGUCUGGAAGAACUGAGGAUGUUUCUGGAAAAUGAGACGUGGGAACUUUGUCCUGUCAAGUCUAAUUUUAACAUCGCCCAGCUCCAUGAGUUCAAGUUCAUGGGCCAGUGUCGCUCUCCGUCCGUGUCCCCGAACAGACAGGCCAUGUCGUCGAACUCCCCGGCCCAGGAGGAGCUGUGUCUGUUCCAUCAGUUCCUUCAGGAGGGAAACCCGUUUGAGAUGCACAUUGAGCAGAAAGAGGAGGAGACAGAGGACGUGCUGGCGUCUAAUGGAUAUGAGUCAGACGAGCUGGAGAAGAGCGUGUAUCAGGAAUACGACAGCGACAGUGAUGUCCCCGAGGAGCUCAAGCAGGACUACGUGGAUGAGCAGACGGGCGACGCCCCUCUCAAGAGCGUUUCCCGAGAGACCAUAAGAAGCAAGAAAAAGUCUGACUACAACCUAAAUAAAAUCAACGCACCGAUCCUCACCAACACCACUCUCAACGUCAUCCGGCUUGUUGGAAAGUACAUGCAGAUGAUGAGCAUUCUGAAGCCGAUCGCCUUCGAUGUCAUCCACUGUGUGUCUCAGCUCUUUGACUACUACCUAUACGCUGUAUACACCUUCUUUGGACGCAAUGACAUGCCUGUCCCAAGCCCUUCUUUGCCAACUCACGGUGGCAGAGAGGCGGGCACUGCCAGGGUGGUGGGCCCUGCUUGCUUGUACGAGUCAUCGGGUCUAGGCCUUAUCAGCAGCCGAUUAAGAACCACACUGAACCGGAUCCAGGAGAGCCUCAUAGACGUGUGUUGCACUGAUGAAGUCAUCAUUGCUGCAGGACCAGGACGCAGAUAAAUUUAAUGUCUAAUUUGCUGCAAUUAAUCUACAAGAAGGAAUAAGAUUCCUAAUCUCAUCCUCGUUGCAUGUCUCUGCCGAUUAAAGCAGGCACAAUUAUUGGAAUUUGCAUCCUUUAUAUUAACAUGCAUCUUCCAAAGAAUCAAAUAUGAUUUGUCUGUUUAAUCAGCAAAACAUCACUAAAAUAUUCAGGCGCACCAAAGGGCAACACUGCUGUGAAAUUAUGCUAAUUUCAUUCCAUCAAAUCAUGUUCGCCAUUGUUGGGAUACAAUGGCGGCAGCUCAAGCAUCUAAUAAACUAAUAAACAUGAAGUUGGCACUCAGGGCUGAUGCAGAAUCAUUUUUACUGUGCAUGUCACCCCCAAACAGGCAAAGAAAUGAAACACUCAUUUGAGGUCGCUUUUUGUGGUCAAAGUUUUUUGUUUUUUUUUUGCCUUAGAAUUAUAAAAAAUAGGCAUACACAUUUUUGAAUGUCAUGGAUGUUAUUUGUCGGCUCUUACCUAAAGAUUUCUGUGGACAUAUUCAGCUAAAAAAUUCAUCAUGACGUUUCUCCCAACAGUCUUUUAGAAGUCCCUUUUUUUUUUUUUUUCUUCAUGGAGUGUUGACGCUGCAGGGGCACAGUCAAUGAAAGGUCACGCCUCCUGUGGAGUGAAUAAAAAUAGACCCAACCAGACUUUGCUGCAACAUCAAACUAAUGAAGCUGGAGCAGAAUUGAUUUGAUUCAUUUAGAGGAGAGCCACGAUCGGAUGACUUUCAUAUAGCAACCCAAUGAUAGAACUUAGUGUAAUGCGGCCGAAUGUAAAACGAACACAGUGUAAUAGUGUUAGAAAGCAAAGAUACUGAGUAACCAUGUUGGCCACAUGAGGCAUUUUCUUGGUGGUUGUUUCCUAUUAUGAAAUUUUCAAACGUUACCUAUGAUCUUCAUGAGUAAGGUACAAUAUUGAUUCCUAAUAUCCUCUUUAACUCCUGUUUUAAUAUAUGUCAUUUCAUUUUUUUUGUUACUGCCAUUUAUGGUGGAGCAGAUGCUUAUUGUUGUGAUUGUCCGUUCAGAGUUCAAACAGUAGUUUAUUCCUGUUCUACAAUAUCACUGCAAAACACCUUAACACCACUGUUGUCGUCUUCUCAUGAGCAAAGAGGGCAGGGAGAGCUGCACUCACAGCACCCUCUGCUGCACAGUUAAUUACAUCAAACUGUCUGGUGCACUUCUAGGCUGUAUAUUUUGAACUCGAUGUUUUUUUUUAAGGGCUGGAUUAAGUGGGAAGUCCUCAUAGAGAAUGACAUCAUUCUUUUCUUGCAGCCCUUUGUUUUUGUGGAGUAUGUACAGGCCUUUACUUUAGAGUUUAUUAAAUAAAAAGUGCAUUCAUGUAUAUACUCUGGGGUAAAUUUUAUCAUUGCCAGAUGAGAGAGAUUCAAAUUAUUUACAAUUUGCAACAUUAAAUCAGUAGCAAUACCCAGCCCUACUUUCAAGGAAAUCACCCAGUAUAACUGUGCAUGUUGCGAUGAGCUCAGAGGCUGGUGUACAGAUGAAAAUCUCCUGGGCACAUGUUUUAUUACCUCUGCAAACACAGUGUUCUCCGCAGGAGGAGAUCAACAAGUCAUGCGAGCCAUUUUACAGCUCCGAGAGAUGAGUUAUGGCUUCGCGAAACCAAUAGUUAGGUUUUAACGUCCCUGUAAAGUGAUAGAAAAUAUCACUUCUGACUUUGUCACCACACAGGAAAAUGUGUUAGUAAGUAGUGUUUAAAAACGAGGUUUUAAAUCAUGUAAUAUUCAGCGACAUUCUCUGCCCUAAGACAGUUGGGGCAUGGCUGCUAACAGUUAACAAGAAUGCAUUGUGUUUCUUUCUAACAAUCACAACCGUAACAGUUUUUCAAGAGGUUUUGCAUCACAGAAGCUCAGUGCGUGACUGCGUAAUUUGAAUCCUAAAAAAAAUCACAGACAAGUUCUGUGAUUAAUUGAACAGGCUGACGAAACAGAGUUCAUUUGCAAUUUGUUGCCACACUUCUAUUCCCCUUUGGCCCGAGUUAAGAAUAACUGUGCUUUCAGUAAGUUCAUCUGCACGCAGUUCAAGGUGUGAUGGCAACAGUGCCGAAGCACAGCAUCUGCUGUGAACGCUCUGUAGCCUCUUCCCAACAAGAAAGAGAAAGUCUGCAGUGGAUUAAAAAAAAAAAGUGUAGGGCAUGAUUUCUGUCCUCUUCUUUUACGUGGUGGUUGGGUAUGAGACGUGUUUGAAUUUUUAAAAAAAAAAUGUCCUUGUCAUGUUCUGAGUUAAUUGUUCAUCAUUUAUUUUAUUUUAAAAUUGUGAUGUUCAAUGUUACUGUGAAAAGGGACUGUUUCAUUACAUUAAAUGUCUUAUUUUAUAAAUGUUUCUGCCGUGUCGAGUAAUAAAUUAACACAGAGUUUCUCUUGGGUGAGAUAUAUUGCGCCAUCUGUAGAAAAUCCAUUACCGCUGUACACGGUUAUAUCAUUCAAAUGUUAAUCUUGUGAAAGGGAUAUGCUUUUAUUUGAGACUGUUAAUGGGUUCAACAGCGCUGAAGGUUUGACUGAACGCAGCAAGAUACGUUCGAGGUUUGAUAAAGGUUGCACUUUUCAGAAUGGAGCCGACGGUGUCGUUCCAUCAGGUCUGAACCAUAAAUUGUCCAAAGGGUUGCAUACUGUGAUUCUUUUUUUUGUUCUGCUCUCUGGGCUGAUUAUAUACCUCAUUUUAGUGAAUAGAUGGUUGCUGGAGGAAAGUAAGAUGUUAUCUUAUAAGUGUGUAUGUGCGUCUCGGCCUAACUUACAACUGUUUUGUAUUGUCCCACAAACUAACUUUUUCUGGUUUGGAGUGUUGAUGACGCAGUGACUUGUUGAACCUGUUGUGACAAAAGCUUUGAGGAUUUAUGAAUUCUUACUGUCACUUCAUUUGGAUGAAUAAGACCUUGGUGUGUGUGUGUAGCCAUUUGUUUUUAAGUGCUUACUUCAUCUAAAAUGGUUACAUUGAAGAAACAAUGUGGGCGAAGUUGGGUUUGUAAGUGGAUGAUUUGCUUCAGCAUAAAAAGCACCAAUCAUUACCUCGCGGCAUUGCUAUUGAUCUGCCAGAGGCUGCAUUUAGGGGCCUUUGCAGCUGCAUAGUGCAGAGCUUUCUGUGCCAGUGUGAUGCAUCAUAUCAUCCACACAUGCUUCAUAGGAAAUACCCUACUGUAUGGAAUCGUAUGUGCUUUGUAUGCAGAUACAGUUCCCUGUGGUUGUGAAAGGGAUUUAGGCUGAAGGCUGUCUUUUUCUUUUUCAAUUGUUUUUGUAAUGAAGGGAUAAAAGCUUUGCUGGAUGAAGGAGCGUAGUUGAAUAUAUCAAAAGGAAAAUUAAUUCUGGAAGUCAGCCAGUUUGGUCAGCAGAAUUCGCUGUCCAUCAUCAGCACACCGUGCAUCUACAUUUUGUCUCUGUAUUGCAAGUGAAAGGUUUUUUGUUGUAUUAACAGCAGUGGGGACUGUAAGACAACCACACUGUUAUUAACACUCAAGGUAUUGAAUAUAGACCAUACAGUAGGUGGACGUAGUCCUCUGGUUUUCAACAAGAAGCCAAUGCAGAAGUUGCAAAAAUAACUGGUUUGAACUUCGUUUAAAUGGAAGUCUGUGGUAGUCAAUAUCAGUAAACAUUUUCCACAGGAGUUAAUGGUCUCAGUCACUUGUUUUAGGUCUUCUUCAAUAGCUCAUGUUGUCAGUUAGGUAUCUAUUCAGUGGAAUGGAUGAUAAAAUAGAGCACAUAAUGGACAGUGGACACCAGUGUGAUUGAGAACUGGUAUCGUCCAAUAUGAGCCUGGUUGUAGUUGACGUCUGUGAACAUUAAUUUGCAAAACCUCACCAUGUCCCUACAUGUUAACUGGGUCUAAUAUGUACAUAUAUGGUUUUUCUUGCUAACUUUACCAUGUACCUCUUGUGUGUGUG